CACUGCUUCUGACAGCGUCCUUAGAGGCUGAAGUGUCCUCAGGUUUUACUUGGAUUUACCCAGGAAUGGAUGGCCACACCAAGGCCAGCUUGCGGAAGUUCAGCAUCAAGGACACCAAGGGACCGACAGCUUCAAAAAGAAGACACUUGUUGAUAAUAUUUUGGCGAUCUUUUUUCAGAGAAACUUUUGGGAUGUAGCCUUCACCUGUUUUAUUACAUUUGGCACCCAAACGCCAUUUGGAAAGCACCAUUCUAAAUUUAUCCUCUUCUGAAUCAUCACUUCUGAUAGAUGCAGUUGCCUUGUUUGCGUUGCGGUAUUUGAUUUUGUACAGUGUUCCUUGGGCUAACUUUUGAUAUUUUGCUUUUUGUUUAGAAUUUGAAAGUAGUAUUCUUUGAAAGGAGACGCACAGAGAAUACUUGAGGACAACCAAAGCUGAAUAAGAGGAUAUAACGUGUUUUAUUUUUUUAAUUAGAAAAAUAAGGAAUUACAGUGUGAUUUUUCCCCCCCUUUAACUUAAAGGAACAAGGAUUGUACAGAAAUUUGAAAUUUGAACAAGAAAAACUUAAGCCUCGUUGGAUUCCCGUGUCAAAGAAAAGUUCCAAGCUUUCAGAAAGAGUUCUUGCUUGAAGACAAAGAACAGCUUGCUAACCACAAAAGAGGGAUCGAUGCUCAGCUUUUAGCUGCCCUUCCUAAAGUUGCAGAAUUAAGAAAAAUCUUUGAACCAAAGAGGAAAGAAUUUUUAGAAAUGAAAAGAAAGGAAAGAAUUGCCCGGCGCUUAGAAGGAAUUGAAACCGACACGCAGCCCAUCCUCUUGCAGAGCUGCACGGGCUUGGUAACUCAUCGCCUGCUGGAGGAGGACACACCCCGAUACAUGCGUGCCACAGACCCGGCCAGCCCGCACAUCGGUCGAUCAAAUGAAGAAGAAGAAACUUCAGAUUCUUCACUAGAAAAGCAGACUCGGUCCAAACAGUGCACAGAAACCUCAGGCAUCCAUGCUGACUCCCCCUACAGUUCAGGCAUCAUGGACACCCAGAGCCUCGAGUCCAAAGCCGAAAGAAUCGCCAGGUACAAAGCAGAGAGAAGACGGCAGCUGGCAGAAAAGUAUGGGCUCACCCUGGAUCCGGAAGCGGACUCUGAAACUCCAUCUCGAUACAGCAGGUCCAGAAAGGACCCCGAGGCUGCGGAGAAAAGGGGGGGAAGAAGCGAGCGAUCAGCCGAGUCCAGCAGAGACUCCGGCUCGUCCUACUCCAGGACUGAGCUCUCGGGGCUCAGGCCCUGCGUGGCUGAAUCCAAGGACUAUGGCCUGCACCGGAGCGACGGUGUUUCCGACACAGAGGUGCUGCUCAACGCAGAAAACCAAAGACGUGGUCAAGAGCCCAGUGCCACCGGGCUGGCCCAAGACCUGCCCCCUGCAGGGGAGGUCUCCUCUUCCUUCUCGUUCUCCGGGCGAGACUCUGCCCUCGGUGAAGUGCCAAGGUCCCCAAAGCCAGUGCACAGCCUGCCCAGUCCAUCACCUGGGCAGCCGGCCUCCCCAAGCCACUCCACCAGUGACCUACCACUCCCUGCGGAGGCUCGAGCCACUACCGGGAAACCCAAACAUGAGUGGUUUCUCCAGAAAGAUUCCGAAGGGGACACACCUUCACUUAUCAACUGGCCAUCCAGAGUUAAAGUUAGAGAAAAAUUGGUGCGAGAGGAGAGCGCUCGCAGCAGUCCUGAACUUGCCUCCGAGUCCUUAACUCAGAGGAGACACCAGACGGCGCCAGGCCAUUACCUGGCCUUUCAGUCAGAGAACUCGGCCUUCGAUAGGGUCUCGGGCAAGGUGGCCAGCUCUGCAAGACAGCCCAUCCGUGGCUACGUCCAGCCAGCAGAGCCCGUCCACACCAUCACGCUGGUGACCUCAGACACCCCAGAAAGCGUCUCCGAGGGCAGCUGGGCGGGCCCAGCCCCCCAGACUGUCACAAAGCCUCCUCCAUCAAAGGUUCUAGAAGGUGAAAGAAGAGACACCCCAGUUCUCCAUAUUUGCGAAUCCAAAGCAGAAGAUGUGCUCUUCUCUGAUGCUCUGGAGAAAAGCAGGAAGACCCUUGCGGUUUUGGAGGAUCCUGGGUCUGGGAGAAGCCAGGAAGCCCCCCCUGGAACCGGGGAUUUGAGUCAGCCCGCUGUUGGCAUAGUUACCACGGAACCUCAGAAGGAAUCAGAAAGCCUGGCUCGCCCGCCUACGGCUCAGCGGCAGCCCACCGAGAGGAUGGGCAGGAGCGAGAUGGUCAUGUACGUUCAGAGCGAGGCAGCGUCCCAAGGUCACAGGAAGGAGGCACCCACGCGGAAACACAGGGUCCUCACCCGCUCCCUGUCCGACUACACGGGCCCCCCGCAGCUCCAGGCUCUGAAGGCCAAGGCCCCAGCUUCCAAGCGAGAUGCCGAGUCACAGACGUCCAAGGCCGAGUUGGAACUGGGCCUGCUGGACACGAAGGUCUCAGUCGCCCAGCUCCGCAAUGCGUUCCUGGAGUCAGCCAGGGCCAGCAGGAAACCUGAGCUCCAUUCUCGGGUUGAGGGGUCAAGCGAAGGCCCUGGUGUGGAACGGGAGAGAGGGUCCCGGAAACCGAGGCGCUAUUUUUCUCCUGGUGAAAAUAGAAAGACUUCCGAGAGAUUUAGAACUCAACCCAUAACCUCGGCAGAACGAAAGGAAUCGGAUAGGUCAACUUCAAAUUCAGAAAUGCCAGCUGCCGGGGAUGAAGAAAAGGUCGAUGAGCGAGCGAAGCUGAGCGUUGCUGCGAAGAGGCUGCUCUUCAGGGAGAUGGAGAAGUCGUUUGAUGAGAAGAGCGUCCCGAAGCGCCGCUCCCGCAACGCAGCUGUGGAGCAGAGGCUGCGGCGCCUACAGGACCGGUCCCACACGCAGCCCGUCACCACCGAAGAGGUGGUCAUUGCAGCCACUGAACCUACCCCCGCUUCGUGCUCAGUGGCCACCCACCCUGUAAUGACAAGACAUCCUAGCCCCACUGUAGCUAAGAGUCCCGUGCAGCCUGCCAGACUGCAGGCGUCCGCUCACCAAAAGGCGCUAGCCAGAGACCAGACAAACGAGGGCGAAGAUUCUGCUGAGCAGGGAGAACCCGACUCCUCCACUCUGAGCUUAGCGGAGAAGCUGGCCUUGUUUAACAAACUGUCCCAGCCGGUCUCAAAGGCCAUUUCAACGCGGAACAGAUUAGAUGUGAGACAGAGGAGGAUGAAUGCUCGUUAUCAAACCCAGCCGGUCACGCUUGGAGAGGUGGAACAGGUGCAGAGUGGCAAGCUCAUGGCCUUCUCCCCCACCGUUAACACAUCCGUGUCCACCGCAGCAUCUACCGUCCCCCCCAUGUACGCAGGGAAUCUUCGGACAAAGCCAAUUCCGGAUGACAGCUUCGGUGCCACCGAGCAAAAGUUUGCUUCUUCGCUAGAAAACUCCGACUCCCCAGUUAGAAGCAUCCUGAAAUCCCAAGGCUGGCAGCCCUCGGUUGAGGGUGCUGGGAGCAAAGCAAUGUUGAGAGAAUUUGAAGAGACAGAACGCAAGGGAGGCUUGACAGGUGUAGAUGGCGGAGUUACAAAGUAUGGGUCCUUCGAGGAAGCAGAGCUGUCCUACCCUGUCCUCAGCAGAGUCCGGGAGGGAGACAGCCAUAAAGAACCCAUCUAUGCCUUUCCAAGGAAAGGAAGCCUGGAGCUUGCCCAUCCUCCCAUCGCCCAGCUUGGUGAUGAGCUGAAGGAAUUUUCCACCCCAAAGAGCACCAUGCAGGUGAGCCUGGACUGGAAGGAGAGGCAGCUCUUUGAAGAGAAGGUGGACUUGGAGAAUGUCACAAAGAGGAAGUUUUCGCUGAAAGCGGCGGAGUUCGGGGAACCCACUUCUGAGCAGACCGGCGCGGCUGCUGGGAAACCGGCUGCUCCGACUGCAACCCCCGUGUCCUGGAAGCCGCAGGAUCCCUCCGAACAGCCUCAGGAGAAGCGGUAUCAGAGCCCAUGUGCGAUGUUUGCUGCUGGAGAGAUCAAAGCCCCGGCCGUGGAGGGCAGCCUCGACUCCCCCAGCAAAACCAUGUCCAUUAAAGAAAGAUUAGCACUGUUGAAGAAGAGCGGUGAGGAAGACUGGAGAAACAGACUCAACAGAAAGCAGGAAUACGGCAAAGCCUCCAUCACCAGCAGCCUGCAUAUCCAAGAAACGGAGCAGUCACUCAAGAAGAAGGAAGAAGGAGGAUUUACAGAUGAUAAUGACAUUUCUAAUCUGCUUUGGGAACCUGUAUACGCUUCUACUUAUUCUCCUGCUCUACCUGCUGCCCAUAAAUACCUGUCUUUUGUAUCUAUUAAUCAGGGUCAGUCACCCGGAGGGCAUAGCAACCCACUCCAGUCUUGCCUGGAGAAUCCCAUGGACAGAGGAGCCUGGCAGGCUACAAAGGAGGAGGAGGAGCCAGAGGAGCCUGGCGGUCGCAAAGAAUCAGACACGACUGAGCAUGCUGAGCACGCACACAUGUUGCAACCUCGGCUCAGACCUCUAGGGAGACUUAUGCAGCGGGUCACAGAAAGUCGAGAGAGCCAGAUGACUAUUGAAGAGAGAAAGCAUCUCAUCUCCGUGAGAGAGGACGCCUGGAAGACCAGGGGCAAAGGAGCAGCCAACGACUCCACCCAGUUCACCGUGGCUGGCAGGAUGGUGAAGCGAGGUCUGGCGUCCCCCACUGCCAUCACCCCGGUAGCAUCCCCUAUUUGCAGCAAAACAAGGGGCACUACACCAGUUUCCAAACCCCUGGAAGAUAUCGAAGCCAGACCAGACAUGCAGUUAGAGUCGGACCUCAAGUUGGACAGGCUGGAAACCUUCCUAAGAAGGCUAAAUAACAAAGUUGGUGGGAUGCAAGAAACAGUCCUCACUGUCACUGGGAAAUCGGUGAAAGAGGUGAUGAAGCCAGACGAUGACGAAACCUUUGCCAAGUUUUACCGUAGCGUGGACUCCACUCUACCGAGAAGCCCUGUGGAGCUGGACGAGGAUUUCGAUGUCAUUUUUGAUCCUUAUGCCCCCAAGUUGACAUCCUCGGUGGCUGAGCACAAGCGUGCUGUGAGGCCCAAGCGCCGGGUCCAGGCUUCCAAAAACCCCCUGAAGAUGCUGGCCGCGCGGGAAGAUCUCCUGCAGGAGUACACUGAGCAGAGGCUGAAUGUGGCCUUCGUGGAGUCAAAGCGCAUGAAAGUCGAAAAGUUGUCCGCCAACUCCAGCUUCUCAGAAGUCACCCUGGCAGGGUUAGCCAGCAAAGAAAACUUUAGCAACGUCAGCCUGCGGAGCGUCAACCUGACAGAACAGAAUUCCAACAACAGCGCAGUGCCCUACAAGAAGCUGAUGCUGCUGCAGGUUAAAGGAAGAAGACACGUGCAGACGCGGCUGGUGGAGCCUCGCGCCUCCUCCCUCAACAGCGGGGACUGCUUCCUCCUGCUCUCGCCCCAUCACUGCUUCCUGUGGGUCGGAGAGUUUGCCAACGUGAUCGAGAAGGCGAAGGCCUCAGAACUCGCGAGUUUAAUUCAGACCAAGAGGGAACUUGGUUGUAGAGCAACUUACAUCCAGACUGUUGAAGAAGGAAUUAAUACACACACACAUGCAGCCAAAGACUUCUGGAAGCUUCUGGGCGGCCAAGCCAGUUACCAAUCCGCCGGAGACCCAAAGGAGGAUGAGCUGUAUGAAACAGCCAUAAUAGAAACCAACUGCAUUUACCGUCUGAUGGAUGACAAACUCGUCCCUGAUGAUGACUACUGGGGGAAGAUCCCAAAGUGCUCCCUCCUGCAGUCAAAAGAGGUACUGGUGUUUGAUUUUGGGAGUGAAGUUUACGUGUGGCAUGGAAAAGAAGUCACAUUAGCACAACGGAAAAUCGCCUUUCAGCUGGCAAAGCACUUGUGGAAUGGAACCUUUGACUACGAGAAUUGUGACAUCAACCCGCUGGAUCCUGGGGAAUGCAAUCCCCUCAUUCCCAGAAAAGGACAGGGGCGGCCUGACUGGGCAAUAUUUGGGAGGCUUACAGAACACAACGAGACAAUCUUGUUCAAAGAGAAAUUUCUUGAUUGGACGGAACUGAAGAGACCUAAUGAGAAGAACGCCAGCGAACUUGCGCAGCACAAGGACGAUGCCCGGGCAGAGGUCAAGCCUUACGAUGUGACACGGAUGGUUCCGGUGCCCCAGACAACAGCUGGCACCGUGCUGGAUGGGGUCAAUGUGGGCCGAGGCUACGGGCUGGUGGAAGGGGACGACCGGAGGCAGUUUGAGAUCGCCAGUGUCUCGGUGGACGUCUGGCACAUCCUGGAGUUCGACUACAGCAGGCUCCCCAAGCAGAGCAUCGGGCAGUUCCACGAGGGCGACGCCUACGUGGUCAAGUGGAAGUUCAUCGUGAGCACCGCAGUGGGAAGCCGGCAGAAGGGGGAGCACUCGGUCAGGGUGGCUGGCAAAGAGAAGUGUGUCUACUUCUUCUGGCAAGGCCGCCAGUCGACCGUGAGCGAGAAGGGCACGUCGGCCCUGAUGACGGUGGAGUUGGACGAGGAAAGGGGGGCCCAGGUCCAAGUCCUGCAGGGCAAGGAGCCCCCCUGUUUCCUGCAGUGUUUCCAGGGGGGGAUGGUGGUCCACUCCGGGAGACGAGAGGAAGAGGAAGAAAACACACAAAGCGAGUGGCGGCUGUACUGUGUGCGCGGAGAGGUGCCCGUGGAGGGGAACUUGCUGGAGGUGGCCUGUCACUGCAGCAGCCUCAGGUCUAGGACGUCCAUGGUCGUCCUCAACGUCCACAAAGCCCUCAUCUACCUGUGGCACGGGUGCAAAGCCCAGGCCCACACGAAGGAGGUCGGACGGACUGCGGCCAAUAAGAUCAAGGACCAAUGUCCCCUGGAGGCCGGGCUGCAUAGCAGCAGCAAAGUGACAAUCCAUGAGUGUGAUGAAGGCUCGGAGCCCCUGGGCUUCUGGGAUGCUCUGGGGAGGAGAGACCGGAAAGCCUACGACUGCAUGCUUCAAGAUCCUGGAAAUUUUAACUUCACACCCCGCCUGUUCAUCCUCAGCAGCUCCUCUGGCGACUUCUCAGCCACAGAGUUCAUGUAUCCCGCCCGAGACCCCUCUGUGGUCAACUCUAUGCCCUUCCUGCAGGAAGACCUAUACAGCGCCCCACAGCCAGCACUUUUCCUUGUUGACAAUCACCAUGAGGUAUACCUCUGGCAAGGCUGGUGGCCCAUCGAGAACAAGAUCACGGGCUCCGCGCGUAUCCGCUGGGCCUCGGACCGGAAGAGCGCCAUGGAGACAGUGCUGCAAUACUGCCGAGGGAAAAACCUGAAGAAGCCGCCCCCCAAGUCUUACCUCAUCCACGCUGGCCUGGAACCCCUGACCUUCACCAACAUGUUCCCCAGCUGGGAGCACAGAGAAGACAUUGCAGAGAUCACGGAGAUGGACACGGAAGUUUCAAAUCAGAUCACUCUAGUGGAGGAUGUCUUAGCCAAACUGUGUAAGACCAUUUACCCGCUGGCCGACCUCCUAGCCAGGCCGCUCCCUGAGGGAGUGGACCCUCUGAAGCUGGAGAUCUAUCUCACCGACGAGGACUUCGAGUUUGCACUAGACAUGACCCGCGACGAGUACAAUGCGCUGCCCGCUUGGAAGCAGGUGAACCUGAAGAAAGCAAAAGGUCUGUUCUGAGUCAGGAGAUGCUGGAGGAACCUGGGUGGUCACUUUCAAUACUGAUGGACCAGGAAAAUGGAUGUUUUAGUGGGGGAGCCUGGUAUUUUAAAAUAUGUUUUUUCAUCCGCAUUUUUAAAACCUGAAGUGACCAGCUCUCCUGCUCAUUUGGGAGUUGUGUAUUUUGUAAAUGUUCCAGAGAACUCUCUGGGAACACGCUUUCCACACUUCAGCAGGUGAUGUUUGUGAGGUAUCCGUGGCCCUACAUGCACUUACGCAGCAGGUCCUCAGCGGCGGCCACGGCACUGCCCUCCCACUCCAGCUAAGCGUUGCCUAUUUUUUUGAAGCAGUUCUCUUUAUAAAGUGUUAUUUUGAUAGUUUGUGGAUUCUAAAAUAUAUAUAUAUUUAUAUAAACACCGUAUAAAUCAAAUAUGUAUUUAACAAAGCAAUAUGUAUUCAUUCACUUUUAAGAUUUUUUUUUUUUUUGGUGUCAAAAUAAUAUUAAAAGGUAGUUGCUUCUGUUGAAUUAGUUCUGCCACCUAUGUGUACUUUCACCCAUGUUCAGAAGCGUCUCCUUUGGUGUGAAGUCUGACUCGUUCUGAGUGCUGCUUCCGGUGCUAAGAUGAACAAAAGGCUCUUAAGAAUCUGUGCGAAUCCACCUUUCUACCUUAAUAUCGCCCCCAAAUGUAUAGUGCCUUGUUUUAUGUACAGUUUAUAUACAGAAAAGUUUGCUCUGCAUUUUUUGACGAUGGUUUGGAACAGUAUCUACAAUUUUACUCUAAAAUAGUAGAAAUUUCAAAAAAAAAAAAAAAAGAACUCUAUUUCUAAUACCUGUUGUAAACAUUAUACAUGUCAUUUGGCGACGGAGGACUCCAAAAUAAAAGCUUCAGAAUAAACACAACUAUGAACUGAUUGGUUCAUAUUGA